AUGGAGGUCGACGCCAAACCCAUCACAAAGAGGAUCUCUUACGUCCUGCCGCCUUGCCGCUUCCCUCCGACCACAUUCGGUCUGCCACCGCUGGGUGCCGAUCGCCGCUUCACUACAGGUCCUCUCCUCAUCCCGCCUAAAACGCAUCGCUCUUACACUGACAGCCAUGCUCCAUCCUCGUCCUUCUCGGCCGCUUCCACAUCGGAUAGGUCGAACCUGUUGAAUCCUACACUCGCUUCCCAUCCCCAGCACUCACUUGCCGUCUCUUCUCUCGCUAUAGACACCACCACCUGUAUAGCAAGCUCAGCUAGCCCUCAGGAAGACGAUCUUGACGACGCCGCCGAGUCUCGUCGUUCGAUCGAACAUGGUCGUGACGCCAUUCCUCAGGGCAUCCUUUACACUGGUGGCCGCGAUGGCCUCGUCGGUGCAUGGGAGCUGGGCCUGCCUAUGCGUAAGAAAAAUGUACUCUCCCUCGAUAAUCAUGCUGGCACAUCUUCCUCAUCCAACCUCCACCACCACAGCGAAUCGAUCAGUCUGCUCGCAGAUACCUCUGCGCUGCCCGCUGGUGCUGACAUCGACCUACUCGCAUACUGGCAAGCCGAUCCAUUACGUGCGCAUCGCGCCAAACCAACACGCUUCCGUCAAUGCGUUCAGUCUCACACCGACUGGAUCAACGACAUUCUUCUCUGCAACCGCAAUCAGACGCUCAUCUCGGCUUCCUCCGAUCGUACUGUCAAGGUCUGGAAUCCGCACGAUCCGCAGCACAGCCUCAGUCCCCACGUGCUGGGCACUCACAAGGACUACGUCAAGGCACUCGCUCAUGCUUCCGAAUCCGGCUAUGUCGCCAGUGGUGGCUUUGACAAGUGCAUCAAACUCUGGGACAUACGCGAAGCUAGAGCAGCUCCCAUGCUUGAACUCGAUGACAGGGCCGUAAAGUCAUCCAUCUAUGCGCUUAGCGUCAACCCUAGCGGCUCGGUCAUCGCCGCCGGCUCGCCAGAGCAACAUGUCAAGGUCUGGGAUCCACGCAGCGGCAAAAAAUGUGCCGAGCUCGUUGGCCACACUGACAACGUUCGCGCCGUUCUCGUCAGCGAAGAUGGGCGCUACCUCUUGUCCGGUUCGGCCGACUCCACGGUCCGUCUCUGGUCACUGGCAGAACAGCGGUGUUUACACACCUUCACCCAUCACGACGAUUCGGUCUGGUCGCUCUUCUCCGAUCAUCCUACCCUCGACGUCUUCUACUCGGGGGAUCGUCAGGGCUACGUGUGCAAGGUCGACUGGGAGCGCUGCGCCGAAGUUUCCGAGGGCGAGUGUGUCGUGCUCUGUCAGGAACGAGAUGCCGCCUCGGACGAUCAAGGUGGCGACCAAACCGAUGACGUUCCGCACCAUCUUCCCGACUCGCACAGACGCGACGCCAAGUCUGGCAUUCAAAAGAUCGUAGCACUCGAUGACACCUACUUUUGGACGGCCACAGGUCAGACCAGCGUCCAUCGUUGGAGAGACGUGCCCCGUCGCUCAGAGAGAGAAGCCAUCUAUCCGAUUGCUGGUGCACGCUCGCGAUCGCGCGAGCUCUCCCACCGCGCCUCGUUUGGAAGCCACAGCCUGCAUCGACAUAGCAUGGACACCAGUCGUUCGCCCGAGUUGGCCCAUCUCCUGCAAUCGCCCUCUGUCACCUUUGCUGAGCCAUCAGCGGAACUGCUCCGUCGCGAUUUGUCUGUACAUGAUGCUGGCAAUAGUGCUGCUGCGUCAUCUCCCUCCGCCGCCGCCGCUCUCUCGGCUCUUCAGAACGGUCUCGACCUUCCCCCAACCAACGUUCCUCUUGCAGCUACGCUUCAUGGCAUUCCGUUCGAUAGCCUGGUCAGUCUGGCUCCAGUCAGCGAUCCCUAUGGCGACAAGAUCGGGCUGGGAAGUGUCAGCGUUCGAGAUCCACGCGGCCAUGCCGACGAGUCCAUGUUCAGCACAGCUCCGCUUCGUUCCAUUGCCAGUCGUAUCUCAAUGGACCAAAGCAGCGUCCUGAACCAUACCACAGCUACUCGCUCGCCUGUCGUGUCGCCCAUCAAUAUGCAUCUGGCCCACGUUCACGCGAUGGAUACACCUCAACGUCCGGCCAGUACACGCUCUGCCAGCCUCCGAUUUGCGCCCACAGAUGAGAUGUACGAGCCUGACGGUCUUGGUAGCUCAUGGGAAAGCGGCUUGGAUCCCGAUGCGUCGAUCCCCGUGAAGCAGCUGGCAGAGAUGCGUCUAAACGGCAGGCGCCAGAGCGGCGCAGACGUGACCGUCAGUGAAGAUGCUCAUGACGAGGAUCACAGUGCAUACCAAGCUCGAAUCGCAUUCGAGGACCGUGAGCUGGCACAGGAAGCAACGCCGUUGCGUCAAAAGCCCGACGCAGUGAUUUUGGGCUCGCACGGUCUGGUCCGCUCGUCGAUGCUCAACGAUCGCCGUCAUGUGAUCACCAUCGACAGUACAGGCUCGGUCAUGCUUUGGGACAUUGUCAAGGGCGUUUGCAUCGGCGACUUUGAUCGUGAAGAGGUGGAAAAAGCUGCGCUCGAGUCCAAUCUCAUCCCCUACACUUUCAUGCGCAAAUGGCGCCCCGAGCAGACGCCAGGUGACACACUCGAGGUGGUCAAGGAGCGCAUCGAGGGACAGGGCGUCACGCCGCUCUGGUGCUCUGCAGAAACCAGGAGCGGCGCUCUCACCGUCCACAUCGAGGAAGCGCGCUGCUUUGAGGCUGAGUUCUACAUUGACGAAUUUGUCGAUUGCCUCGACACUGCCAACUUCAAAGAGGACCAGCGUGGCCAGGUCGCUCGCUGGCUGCUCCGAACUCUCUUUGCUGGCUUUGUGGAUGCAGAGUGCGAGCUGCGUCCUGCCACAGUAGACCAGGCGGGUACUACUCGCCCGCCAGAAACGCCAGCGUGGGACAGGAUCGUGCGUGCGCAGAGGAACAGGUCGUUCAUACCUGGCAUGACGAUGGGUCUGGCCACUCCAGCAAAGACGCCAGCACUGACCUCGUCCGCUUCUAAUCCGCUCUACCUGGGGUCAGCUCAGAAGGGCGCGGCUGGCGACAGCGGCGACCGCACAGCUCUACCGACUUCGACUACAUUGGCGGGCGAUUCGGGUCAAUCUGCUAGCGACUACUUUUCGGCAAAGGGAUCAACCGCUGCUCAGGGUGCAAGCAAAGUGCCUCAACCACCCGGAGCAAGGGUGCGAGAAGGCUCUUCGGUCGACGAGAUCAAUGGCAGUGUCGUGACCCCAGGUGUGGGCACGGCCAACGGCAAUGGAGGUGGAAGCGGAUUUAUGAACAAAUUCCGCUUUGGCAAGAACAAGACAGACAAAGCGGAUGCACAGGCAGACGCACUCGACGAGGCUGCCAAGAAAACUCGCGAUGCAUCCGCCGCUGCGGGAUCUGCUGACGGCAAUGAUGGUCCACGCAAGGCUUUAACGCAAAGCCAGAUGCUGAAAGAGCUGUUUGACAAGCCACUUGCGCCCGCUUCAUUGAAGGAGAUGCCGAGGCUGCCACUGCCUCAGGACACUGCUGUGAUCAUUUCCGAAUCAUCGGCCGAUGCAGGCUCUUGGGAAGUCGUCUACCGUGGUCUGGUCAGCUGUACAGGCGACGACACCGAGGUGCUCGAGCAGGCGGCGCCCAUGUGGCUGCUCGACUAUCUGCUCCACAACCACGUCAAUGCGCGAGACCCGGUAAAACUCAGCUUCACUCUCUCCCCCUGGAGGCCUGCUGAUGUGCACUCGGAUGGAUUCGGAGGUUACGAUCUGAGCACAGUCCAGCCUAUGCCCGAGCUACCGACGGGCAACGCAAGGUUGACAGCGACGCGAUGCUUGCGCAUCCGAAAAGCAUGCUACUAUGUCGUAGAGAAGCUCGAGCUUUCCGCGCCGCGUUCGAGGACAGCAAGCAUCAAUGCUAGCCGACGUUCGUCGGUCGAUGCCAGCGCAGCUGGCACCAAACGUACACCAGGCUCAGCUUUGCCAGGUUCUGUUGCACCAGCACAGCACACCUCAGCGGGUAUCGCGGCAGCUUUGAGCAUGACCAGAGCCGACGUACCACCAACUUGGCAACACGCGCAGAAUGCAGACGGCCAAGCAAUGGUGGAGCCGAUGCUUGAUGCGCAUGAGAUGAUUGAGAUCUUGUGCAAUGACGUGGUCUUGCCUGUAGAGGUGACACUUGCACAGUGCCAGCGCUUCUAUUGGAGGUCAGGCGGUGACAUUCGGCUCGAAUACCGGAUCAAGAACGUGGCCUGA